AUGAACAUCAGAAAGGAAUUCCGCGACAUGUCCAACAACGACAAGAAGGCCUUUACCGACGCCGCCACAUGCCUCAUGAACACACCCCCCACUCGCAUGCGCAAGGACCAGGCCGCAGACUACCCGGGAGUCAAGUCUCGUCACGACGAAUACGUCGCUACACACAUCAACAUGACUAUGAACAUUCACGCCACAGCCGACUUCCUCGCAUGGCACAGACACUUCAUCAAGCACUACGAGCAAGACCUUCAGAACCUCUGCGGCUACACUGGUACCCUCCCCUACUGGAACUGGGCCAAGGACGCGUCCGCACCUCAAGACUCUCCCCUCUUCACCGGUGACGAAUACAGCAUGGGCUCCAAUGGCAAAUACAUCCCCAACCGCAGCGACACCUACCUCUACACUCAAGGCGUCAACAUGCCUCCUGGCACUGGCGGUGGCUGUGUCGAAUCCGGCCCCUUCUCCAACCUGACUAUCCACCUCGGUCCCCUCGACCUCCCCAAUGCCAACAACGUCAACAGCGAUUACCAAUACAACCCCCGCUGUCUCUCCCGCGAUUUCAACUCCUUCUUCACCUCACAAUACAACACCUUCGCCAACGUCACCGACCUCGUGCUCGAAAGCAUCUACGUGGAGACAUUCCAAGACCGGAUGCAAGGUUACUUCGCCGGUGACGCUUUCGGUGUGCACGGAGGAGGUCACUGGGGCAUGGGAGGCGAUGCCGCAGACUUCCACUCUUCCCCCAACGACCCUCUGUUUUUCUUACAUCACGGCAUGAUUGACAACAUCUGGACUACUUGGCAGAACUUGGACUUCUACCGUCGUCAAUUUAUCAUCAAGGGUACUUCUACGCUUGGGAACAGCCCUCCUAGCGCUGAGAUGACUUUGGAUGAUGUGAUUCCUUUUGGUUUCGUUGCUGAUGACCGUGUCUUCCGCGAGUUGAUGGAUACCUUUGCUGAAGGUUACUGCUACCGUUACGAGUAG